GCAGUUCAGUGAGAGUGGACAGUGAGCUGAGUUGAUCUGGCGCAUUCAAACAGCUUCGAACACUCAAGAUGCGCGUCCGUCUCUAUUGGAUUCUUUUCGUGACAUCUUUGGCUCCAUCUAUUCUGUCGAGUCUGCACCCAGACUGCGAGUAUAUUUUACAGCUGGAGAGAGAGGAGCGGCGUUGUCUUCAAUAUAUCACAGAGCACGACAACAACCACAGUACACUAGGUUGUUUACCGUUCUGGGACUCUGUGGUGUGCUGGCCAUAUGCUGCGGUUGGGGAGAUGGUCCACACAGCCUGUCCUGCUGUCUUCUCUCUUUUUGGGAAUAACACAGCAGGAUCAGUCAGCCGAAACUGCACCAGCAUCGGAUGGUCGCGACCCUUCCCCCCGUACCACAUAGCCUGUAGUGUGGGCGACGACAUUCACAUUCCAGAGGAGUCCUACUUUGCCACUGUCAAGCUGAUCUACACCAUCGGCUACGGCACCUCCCUGGUCUUCCUCUCCAUCGCCGUGGUGAUCCUACUGCUCUUCAGGAGGCUUCACUGUGCCAGGAACUACAUUCACAUCCAGCUGUUUGUCACCUUCAUGCUAAAGUCGGUGGCUGUGUUUAUCAAGGACGCCAUACUCUUCGCCAGCGACGACACCAACCACUGCACCUUCUCCACCGCAGCCUGUAAGGCAUCGGUAGCCUUCUGUCACUACUGUGUCAUGACUAACUUCUUCUGGCUCCUGGUUGAGGCCCUCUACCUCAACUCACUGCUCCUCUCCUCCUUCCACCACUACCACCGCUGCCUCUGGGGCUUUGGCCUGCUGGGCUGGGGUGUACCCAUCGUCUUCACAGUCAUAUGGAUUGGGUCCAGGGUGUAUUUUGAAGAUACUGAAUGCUGGGACAUCAAUGAGGACUCCCCCUAUUGGUGGAUCGUAAAAGGGCCAAUUGUUGUUUCUAUCGGGGUCAAUUUCAUCCUCUUUAUGAACAUCAUCAGAAUCCUGAUACAGAAACUGAACCCUCGUCUGAUCCAGUUCAAUAACUCAGACCACUACAGACGGCUGACUAAGUCAACCCUCCUCCUCAUCCCCCUCUUCGGGACCCCCUACAUGGUGUUUAACUUCCUACCUGACUACUUCAGUGUUAGCAUGCGCCUCUGGAUCGAGCUCUGCAUGGGCUCCUUUCAGGGGCUGAUUGUAGCGAUUCUCUACUGUUUUCUCAAUCAAGAGGUCCAGAAGGAGAUCCAUAUGAGGUGGCUGAGGUGGCAGGAUAAGAGCUACGGAGUGGUACUGCCCGGUGCCAAGGGAAGUCAUAUGGACACACCUUUCUAGUGCCACACUCUUCAUCCACCUCCUCCUCCUCCAUUCUCCAACCUCUAUAUGUGUGUCUUUCGGAGGGGUUGGAAUAAAGCAGAAGUUUCCAUUGGACAAUAGUCAUAUUCUUCUACUCCUUCCUGUGGCCUCCACACAUUGAUUAUGUAUUUUUAGAAGGAGAGGGUGAUGUACAUUGUGUCCCUAAAACAUCAAAUGUUCCCAUCAUCACAAUCUCAUUGCUAAAGGGACCACCACUGGGUUCAUCUAUUGUGUCCAGCUCAAGAUGAACUGUUGCAGCACUGUGAAAUGCUCUUCCUCCUCCUCCUCUUCCCCCUCCUCCUCCUCUUCCUCCUCUUCCUCCUCAUCUUCCUCUUCC